AUGGUUAUCACUAGGUCAAUUUCCAAAAAUUCUCCUAAAUUAAAUGUUGCAAACACUAAUUUAAAGAAUCCUUUAAGUGAAAGGAAGACCGGUUUCACUGAAAUUUCAAGUAAGAAAAUGGGAAACGAGCUUUCGUCAAGUAAGAAAAAGAGAGUUGUUAAUGAUUUUGAGGAUAAUAAUUUUAAAGAACUUCCAGUUUCUGAAAAUCUACAACCAACAGUCGAAGCUGGAUUUGGAGGGGCUUUUGUGAAAGGAAAUUGUAAAGCCGAAGAUGAGGUGGAGGGGAAUGAAGAUGAUGAGAAUGAGUCGAGCAACAAAGAGGCAAAUGAGGAAAGUGAGGACAAUGAUAACAGCGAUGACAACGAUAAUGGCGAUGGCGACAAUGACUUGUAUAAUGAUAAGAUCCAUGGAGAUAGCAAUGAAGACGAUAAAGACAAAGAUAAUGAGAACAAAUAUGACUUAAGUCAUGAAAAUACAAUUGAAGAUUACAAUAUUAGUGAGAGGUUCUAUUACGGUUAUAAUGAGUUUGAGGCUGGUAACAACUAUGAAAAGAAAGGUGACGAGGGUAAACGUAACAAAGAGAGUGAUUAUGUUGUUAAAGAGAGAAAAAAGCUAAUAUUAUCUUGUUAUUAG